AAAAAGGAACAUCAUUUCUUCAAACAGUUCAUUUGCUCAGUUGUGCCUUAUUUAGAGAAAAUGUUUUCCAGUGACAAGUUGGAAUCAACGGAAGAAAAAGUAGAGCUGGAUUUUGAUGAACAUGUCUUCGAUCCUAUCUUCAAUUAGAGUCUCUUGAGUCAGCGCAUAAAUGCUAAAACUUUUUUAAUAUUAGUUGCAAUAAUAAUGCAUUCGCAACAUUGUGCAAGAUCUCGAUUUUAACCCCUAAGAAACUAAAUAUUUAUCUCAAUCGCAUGCUUUCUGUACUGAUUUUUCAUAAUCAUGAAUUUCUCAAAUUUCUCAAGGUUGUGCGGCUGAACAAAAAUUUAAGUCCCGCCCUAAAUAAUAGACAGAAAACAUGGGAACUAAAGAUACAAACACUUGUUACAAACACACUCGUAUUUUCAAUGACUCCCAGAGCUGACUCCACGCUUUUGCAAUGAUCUUUUAGUACUUCGCUAUUUUUGAUACAUUUGAGUUAGAUUUUGCUCAGUGUUUUAUAAUGGAUGAAGUGCAUCAGAACUGUGAUGACGAACUGAUAAUUAUGAAUAGAAGAUGUGAAUAUUGUGUCUCUAAAAAGUUCAUUUGUUCAGUUGUGCCUUAUUUUAAAAAAUUGUUUAGUAGUGAUAAGUUGACAUCGAAGGAAAACAAAGUGACUCUGGAUUUUGAUGAACGUGCCUUUGAUGCUCUUCUUGACUGGAUUCACACAGGUUUAUUCAUCAUUCAAAUGGAUUAUGUGAUUAGUUUCUAUGAAGCAGCUGAUUAUCUUAAGAUCGAUGAUCGUCUGUGGGACCCUUGUAUCAAUUAUUUUCAUGACAAUUUUACCAUUGAACAUCUCCCAGUUGUUUUACAUCAAGUUACUCCGAAAUCUCUAUUGAUCAAUUCAGGAGCUGUUAAUAGUUUCAUUUGUCGCCAUUUCUUAAAGAUCGCUAAUACUAAUAUUUUCUUGGAUUAUCCAGUUGCAACAAUCGAACAUAUUCUCAAAUUAGAUUUAAUGAUUUACUCAGAGUAUCAAAUUUUUGAAUCAAUCAUGAAAUGGGUGAAUAAGAAUGUUUAUUCGAGAAAAGGACUUCUUUCAAGGCUAUUGAGAUUCGUUCGUUGGUCUUUCAUGGAUUCUGUUGGCUCAUCAAAAAUCAAGGAUAAUGAAUUGAUAAAGACUAUAAAAAAUUUUGAUUCAAUUAUUUCCUCUAAUGGCGACUGUGGAUUCAAUCGGUGUAAACAAAACUACUUCGUCGCAAUCCAGGAAUUAAUCGAUGCGAAGUUACGUAUAAGUAUAUUUGAUAAAGAUUUAUUCUGUUUACCGAUCGGUGACUUCUCUGAAGAUAGAACAAUGUCACUUGAAUUUGUUCAUGAAGAAAACAUUUCAGAUAUUUUAUUUGAUGCUGGAAGAAGAUGUAUCCGAAUCGAUUGGAUCAAAAAGACAUACACAUGGAUUGAAGUAGAUGCUAAUGGACUUUAUUACUCGGAAACUCAUAAAUUAGUUGUCAAUUUUCAAAAUAACCCCAGCUUUCACAAGGAAAGUAAUCGUAUUACCCGAAACUGAUUUAAAUCCAAUAUUCCUGCUAUUUGGACGCUGGAGUUACUGCACUUCCUGAUACAAUUCCCAAAAAUUCCUAUUUAUUGCAUGAAUAUAAUGAUGGAUUUGUUUGCAUCGGGCAAACUAGUCAAAAAAAUGAAUAUUUUGGUAUUUUUCCAGUGACGGAUUCAAGUCGGUUCAAUGGAUUUGCGAUGGGUUUUGAUUUGGAAACUCAUGUGACCAUUUUGGACAAUACUUUAUAUGUAUUGACGGAAGAAUUCAAUUUUUUCCAAUUUAAUAUGGAAACGCGCUCAUACAAUAGGAUUGAACUAUUUAAAGGUGCUAAAGAUUUGUGCAUUAAUGAAUUAAUCUUAACUUCUCAUCAUACAGAAGAUGAUAAAAUAAUUGUGAUCGAUAAAUUGAAGGGCAAAUUUUAUAUUUACUGCAUCAAUCAGAAGAAAUGGUUUCAAAAAGAUCAAAUCUUGAACGUGAAUCACAAUUCCCAGGAACCUUAUAUAACUUAUCAUGAGUUUACUGCGUUUGUCUCUACGUUUAUACCCAUAAAAAAUAUAAAACCAUUGUUCACAAGAAAAUUUUUGUAGUAAAAUAUUUUUAUUUUUCAUA